CGUGCUUCGCUUUUUAAUUCUUUAGAUGUUCUCAAAACCCGAAACUGGAGAACGCCCGCCGACAUGUUUAACGCGUUAGGUCAUAUGACAGUCCAAUCUGUUCACGACCAUUUUUAUUAAAAUCAAAUAUUUUAUGAUUUCAUACUUGUUUGGCUGAACUGAAUGAAACAAGGUCUUCAGGACAAACCAGUGAAUUAUCUGUGAAGUUGAGCCGCCGCCAUGAGCAACACUGCGGUUUCAAGAAAGCCCACAGCCAAUAGGAAGGGAAACAAGGAGAAUGCUCACCCCGGGGAUGGAAUCAAGUCUUUCAGCAAAAGAGACUUUUCAAAAUCAACAUCGGCUGUGUCCGUCCAACUUAAAAGCAAUAAGAAACGGGAGAUGCUGGUAAGAAAUGGUGCCAGUAAAAUCGCCUCCAAAAUACAAGAUGCACAGUCGGUGUCUGGUGAAGUUCUGAAAAAAGUGAAGUUCACACAGAAAGAUGGCAAUGGAAGUGCUGUUAGUGAAGUCAAACAAAGACAAGCACGCAACCUGGCCGUUCUUGCCGAACAGACAGUGAAAAAUGGAAAACUGGUUACAUACACACCAGGAGCACCAGCUGGGGCGGCUUCCUCAAAGGCUGCCCCUGGCAUGUACAAAGGUAAAAUUGUGGAGUCAAAAAUUGGAUCCAUUUGGAAGUUGAGCGCGACAGCUCGAGGGGCAGUUUCAAAACCAGCAGCGCCUGAAGCGGAAAGCCGAAGGCUGGCAAAUUUGGCAAGAAGCAGGUCAAAGUCUGUUACUGAUGUCCCUGAGCGGGGCUUCCAAAAACCUAGACCUCCCAGGUCCAAGUCAGUGGUGGAUGGACGUGCACAAGCGUUCAAACCUGUGGCCACCGGCCGUCCUCCGGGCCCUCGUUCUGCUCACAAUCUGAGCACCGCAGUUAUCCCGGCAACAAUAAGAACCACCGGCUCCAGAAACAUAACCGUGGCACCCACGAAGCCAAAGAUUUCAAUAACUGAUAAGAAGGUCAAGAAGCCUCCUGUAACAAGCACCCUCAGCCAGUACAGAAAUACUGAAACUGCCGAGGAAAGAAGGGCAAAAUUAGCUGCGUGGCUGGCUUCCAAGGGAAAGACUCUCAAGAGACCCGCCAUGACCAGCGCACGCCCAGAAACGAAAAGCUCUGCAUCUGUAAAUCCCAAAACCAGUGUGAAAUCCCAGCGGGAUGAGGCAAAGUCAGAACCAGAGCUCGCUCUGGGCCAGUACAAACGGGAUCCCGCGGUCUCUGCUCCUGACCCAGAGGCCCAGGAAGCUCCUGCAACUGUGCAGACGCAGACUCCAGUGAUGCUCAACACUACCUUGGACCUUGUAGAAAACCCGGAUCUCGAUUUGCCUGUUCUGCAGGAUGGAUUUGAUGGCAUUGUUGUGAACCUGUGUGAUGCCCUGGAAGCCAUGCAGACCCCUUCAAAAUACAAAGAUAAGAGCGCACGUGUGUGUGAUGAUGCUGAACAGGAGGAAGGACCUAUGGAGAAUGAACGUGUGAAGGAUUUGUUCAAGAAUGAGAACGUCAAGGAGCUACUGAAGGAUGAACAUGGAGAAAGUGAACAGGGAGUGCAGAUGGAUGAAAAAGUUCAAUGUGAUGACGACGACAACAUUGCUGACAUGGAGGGCGUCCCACAGAUGGGUCAUGCCUUUGUCAUAAAAUACAGUGUAAAGACGACUCCAUAUUUGCAAAGUGUGAAGAAGACAAUUGAAAGCGAGGUCCAAGCAAGCGCGUCGAGACGAAAAAGCAACAUCAAAGAUUUGAAGUUUCUGACGCCCGUGCGCCGCUCCCGUCGCAUCGAGCGCCACUCUUCAUGUCUGCCGCCGACCCUGCUUGAUCACGACCCGUGCGUGUCGUCACUGGCCGAGCUGGUUAAGCUGGAUGAUGAUCUCAAUGCUUACGUUUAUAGAAAGAAUUCUGCUCUUGUGGAGGAUCUGCCAGACCAGGUCAUAAUGUAAAUACGCUGAUGCGUGUCUAUACUGUAUACACUAAUAUAUAUAUUUAUGUAUAUAAAAAAAGUAGUCCACUUUCUUCUAAAGGCUACUCAUUUUAUCUGUUCGAAUUGUUUUGGUUCAAUGUUAACAUUUGGUUCUCUGCUUUUAAGUUCUGAAUGUACUUACUUUAAAAACUGUAGUAAUGCACUACAAUAAAAAGUAAUUUUGUCUGA